AGUUCAUGUCUGAUUGCGGUCAUGACGCCCAGGGGUUGCGUUAGCUAGAAAUAUAAUGGCCUCACGAUAGUAGGAUACCAGUAUGUCGUUUAUAUCUAACCUAAAAUCUCAGACGUCCACAGAGCGUACCUCGUCAGGUCUUCGCUUGAUACAUUCGUAGCUGUGUGAGGCCGCUCGGGAGCUAACUGACGUUAGCGGUGGACGAGCUCCGCACAAGCGAUGACGCUUCGGAGAAUCCCCCGAUACCCUCGGUCACUUCAGCUCGCCAUCUUUCUUCUGAUUUUGAGUGUGCAGUUGGUGAAAGCCGCUUCCGAAUAUGACCCCUACAAAAUCCUGGGUGUCAGCCGGAGUGCGAGUCAGGCGGAAGUGAAAAAGGCGUACAAGAACCUGGCCAAAGAAUGGCAUCCAGACAAGAACAAGGACCCCAACGCUGAGGACAUGUUCAUCAAGGUGUCCAAGUCGUACGAGAUCCUGUCCAACGAGGAGCGACGGUCCAACUUUGACCGCUAUGGGCAGAUGGAUGAAAACCAGCAGUUCGCCCAGUCACAGCAUCAAGGUUUCCGCGGCUUCCAGAACAGCUUUUAUUUUGAUGAGUCUUUUUUCCAUUUCCCCAGAUCAAGGGAUUUCGCCGACAGCAAGUACCUGCUUCACCACGCACAGUUUAACACCGAUGUGCUCCCAGACAGCCACAAGAGGCCGUACCUGAUCAAAGUGACCUCUGAGUGGUGCUUUGCGUGCAUCCACAUUGAGCCCGUGUGGAAGGAGGUGGUGCUGGAGCUGGAGCCACUGGGUGUUGGCGUUGGCAUUGUGGACCUGGGUUACGAGCGUCGCCUGGCCCACCAGCUGGGAGCUCACCGCGCUCCCUCCAUCAUCGGGCUGGUCAACGGCAGGGUGACCUUCUUCCAUCAGGCUGUGGUACGAGAGAACCUGCGACAGUUCAUUGAGGACCUGCUGCCCCCAAAACUGGUGGAAAAGAUCACAGAUGACAACUACCGUGUUUAUCUGGAUAGCUGGCGUGUGGAAAAUAAGCCCAACGUGCUUUUGUUCGACCAAAUCCCUAUUGUUCCCCUACUCUACAAAUUAACAGCGUUUGCCUUCAGAGACAAUGUGCGUUUCGGCUUUGUGGACCAGGGUGACACACACAACAGUCAGCUACUGCGGCAGUUCAACAUAAACACGUACGCCCCCACCAUGCUGCUGUUCAAGGAGGACUCCGAAAAGCCUGUGGACAUCAUACAGGCCAGAGGGAUGAAGCGACAGAUAAUGAAUGAGUUUGUCUCCAACAACAAGUUCCUGCAGGUGCCUCGGCUGGUCAACCAGCAGCUCUUUGAUGAGCUGUGCCCCGUCAAGCAGUUCCACCGACGGAGAAAGUACUGCGUGCUGUUGAUCACUGGGGAGGACCAAGCCUUUCUCCCGGGCAAUAAGGCCUUCCUCGACUUUGCGUCGGCCAACAGAAAAGACGUGCUGCGGUUCGCUUACGUCUACCAGCGUCAGCAGCAGCCUCUCUGUCAGGCGCUGCUGCACAACCAGGCUGCCCUCUCGCCUCAGGUGGUGAUUCUGGAGAGGCGGAGCCAUGCUGGCAAGGUCAUGUACCGCUCAGUGAGUGGCGGCUGGAACGGCAGUGAGGAAGAUAAGUAUCGCCUCCACGAACAGCUGGAGCUCCUUCAGAAAGACCCCACCUAUCUGAGAUCCGACGCCACCCUGCCAGAGCUGAACAACGAGAUGGCCCCUAUUUUUGUCAUUCGGUGGAUCAACUCUGCCUAUGAUUACAUCGUUCAAAUAUAUGAUGACCUCCUCUACUCAAACUGGCGAGAGAUGAUGCCAAUUCUGUCGCUGAUUUUUUCCGCUCUCUUCAUUCUUUUUGGCACCGUCAUCAUUCAGGCCUUCAGUGAGCCAGGUGAGAGCAAACCUCGGAAACCGAAGCCAAAAGAACAACCACAAGCUGAGGAGGAUGCAUCAAGUAGAGGCAGUACUUCAAGCCGACCUCCUAAGAAGGACUUUGUGGAGGUGACGGAGCUGACGGACAUAACCUACAUCAGCAACCUGGUCAAGCUGAGGCCCGGCCACAUCAACGUCGUCCUGGUGCUCACCAACGCCUCCAAGAAUGCUCUGCUCAGGAAAUUUGCCAAGGAGGUUUUUUCUUUCUCUGGGACUCAGACGCUCCACUUCUCCUUCCUCAACGCUGAUAAGCACCGCCACUGGAUGCCGUCGCUCCUUUGCUCAACCUCCGGCGCUAUGCGCAGAGAGGUCCAUUCGGACGAGGACGAGGAGUCUCCGGACUACGCUGGACACGUCCUGGCCCUCAACGGCCACAAGAAAUACUUUUGCCUCUUUAGACCCGUCUUCACAGGCGACGAUUCAAAGGACUCCUCGUCCGAGACCUCGUCCGCCUCUGACAGCAGGAGAAAGUCCCGGCCCCGGUCCAGGUCCAGCUCCCACUCUCGAUCCAGGUCCCAUUCCAGGGAGGAUGGGACGGGACCCAAGAGGGGCUCCGGCAGGGCCACGAGCAUAGAAGUCCACCACAAGCUUGACAGGCUGGGACUGUGGAUGGAGAGGCUAAUGGAGGGCACCCUUCUCAGGUUACAGGUCCCUGCAUGGCCCUCCCUUAGUGAAACCGCCAACUCCUUCUCAGAGAGCUGAGGUCAAAGUAACAAAAAAAAGGUUGGAUGGUAGUUGAACAAGUUAUGCGUCCUCAUUACGUUUUUCAGCAAAAAAACCCCUAAAGAACCAUGUUGCAGUUUUCAAAACAUUAUUCAAAUUCCCUUAGGCAGAGGCUGGGUGGUAUAUGCAGUGAACUGUUGACUGAAUAAUUUGAUCGGUUAGAUGUUGGGACUUGAGGGCAUAGAGUAGUGUGUUCCCGCAAAACCUUUAAAAUGUGCAUUUUGUAGCAAAGGUACAAAGUCUGCGCUUCAUAACGCUGCUUCGUGUUCUUUGUCCAGAGACGGAAAGAGGAAAAAGAGACAAGAAGAGCUGUAGAAAAUUCAUUCACUGUCAGUUUUCACACAAAUAGAGAUCGUGUAGAAGGCGCUGUACUUAUUCCCCAAAGCCAGACAACGAGCAUCAUGGUGCAGACAAAGGCUGCAGCUAGCUGUGUGUGUUACACAUUAACUAUGUGACUUCGAGCCUGAAAACAUCAUUUUGACAGUCGCCUAUCAUGAGUUUUUUUUUUUUUUUUUGUUUUUUGCUGUAGUAAAACUGCGUUUGAUGAACUAAAGUUUCAAUAUCUGUCUCUUUAGGACUCGCAUCACUCUCCAUUUAAGUAUGUUCUUAGAAUUUGGUUAAUGAUUGAAAUGGAAUCUUCCUUUUGUUUUCAGCUCAGACGAAGUUGACAAGUCAUGCUGCUGUGUGUUUAGGGAUUUUGCAUUACAUAUGGUACCAGCCAAUUAUCAUCCGACUAAGUGGUACUUUAAAUGUUUGUGUCUUCACAGUUUCAUACGGCGCUACUUUCACUUUGUCUUUUUUUUAAUGUUCAUGUUGAUUGUCUGUAUCAGGGGUAAAAGAUAAACCUUAAAAUUACACACAUGCCCUUUUUUAAGCCUUUGCCCUUAAACUACUGUAAAUAUCAAUGCAUGGAAUAUGUAGACCUAAAAUCACUAAUAAAUGUUUACUGAGUUUGCACUGGCAGCUGAAAUGCUUCACACAGUCUCUCCCCUCCUCUUACUCUGUAGUUGAAUCAUUUUCUGCUUGACAAAUAAUAUUUGCAAUACACUGUAACCUCUAAUCUGUUUCUGUUUUUUUCCUCUUGUGUGCCCUUUGAACUUAAUUUUUGGCUAUAUCCUACUGUAAGAAAUGUGUAAAUUAUUAAAAGAAAGUCAUUUGAACUCAUGUUUAUUUAUUAAAAUGUGUGGCUAUGAUA